AUCCUCGCCAGCAUUUGGUGUUAUCACUGUUUUUCAUUUUAGUCAUUCUGAAUAUGGUUUCUAGCUUUAGGGUUUCUGAACUACAAGUGUUACUAGGCUUUGCUGGACGGAAUAAAAGUGGACGCAAGCAUGACCUCCUGAUGAGGGCGUUGCAUUUACUGAAGAGCGGCUGCAGCCCUGCGGUUCAGAUUAAAAUCCGAGAAUUGUACAGACGCCGAUACCCACGGACUCUUGAAGGACUUUCUGAUUUAUCCACAAUCAAAUCUUCGGUUUUCAAUUUGGAUGGUAGCUCAUCACCUGUAGAACCUGACUUGGCCGUGGCCGGAAUCCACGCGCUGCCUUCCUCGUCAGUUACACCGCACUCACCGGCCUCUCCUGUUGGUUCUGUGCUGCUUCAAGAUACUAAGCCCACGUUUGAGAUGCAGCAGCCGUCUCCCCCAAUUCCUCCUGUCCAUCCUGAUGUGCAGUUAAAGAACUUGCCCUUUUAUGAUGUCCUUGAUGUUCUCAUCAAGCCCACGAGUUUAGUUCAAAGCAGUAUUCAACGAUUUCAAGAGAAGUUUUUUAUUUUUGCUCUGACACCUCAGCAAGUUAGAGAGAUAUGCAUAUCCAGGGAUUUUUUGCCAGGUGGUAGGAGAGAUUAUACAGUCCAGGUUCAGCUGAGACUUUGCCUGGCAGAGACAAGUUGCCCUCAAGAAGACAACUAUCCCAAUAGUCUAUGUAUAAAAGUAAAUGGGAAGCUGUUUCCUUUGCCUGGCUAUGCACCACCACCUAAAAAUGGGAUUGAACAGAAGCGCCCUGGACGCCCUUUGAAUAUUACAUCUUUAGUUAGGUUAUCUUCAGCUGUGCCAAACCAGAUUUCCAUUUCUUGGGCAUCAGAAAUCGGAAAGAAUUACUCCAUGUCUGUAUAUCUUGUACGACAGCUCACAUCAGCCAUGUUAUUACAGAGAUUAAAAAUGAAAGGUAUUAGAAACCCUGAUCAUUCCAGAGCACUAAUUAAAGAAAAACUUACUGCAGAUCCUGAUAGUGAAAUUGCUACAACUAGCCUUCGGGUAUCCUUGAUGUGCCCUUUAGGGAAAAUGAGGUUGACAAUCCCAUGCCGUGCAGUGACUUGUACACAUCUACAGUGUUUUGAUGCUGCCCUUUAUCUGCAAAUGAAUGAGAAGAAGCCCACCUGGAUCUGCCCUGUGUGUGACAAAAAAGCAGCCUAUGAAAGUCUAAUUUUAGAUGGGCUUUUUAUGGAAAUUCUCAAUGACUGUUCUGAUGUGGAUGAGAUCAAAUUCCAAGAGGAUGGCACUUGGUGUCCAAUGAGACCGAAGAAAGAAGCUAUGAAAUUGUCCAGCCAGCCGUGUACAAAAAUAGAAAGUUCAAGUGUCCUCAGUAAGCCUUGUUCAGUGACUGUAGCCAAUGAGACAAGCAAGAAGAAAGUGGAUGUUAUUGACCUAACAAUAGAAAGCUCUUCUGAUGAAGAGGAAGACCCUCCUGCCAAAAGGAAAUGCAUCUUUAUGUCAGAAACACAAAGCAGCCCAACCAAAGGGGUUCUCAUGUAUCAGCCAUCUUCUGUAAGGGUGCCCAGUGUGACUUCGGUUGAUCCUGCUGCUAUUCCGCCUUCAUUAACAGACUACUCAGUACCAUUCCACCACACGCCAAUAUCAAGCAUGUCAUCAGAUUUGCCAGGUUUGGAUUUUCUUUCCCUUAUUCCAGUUGAUCCCCAGCAGUACUGUCCUCCUAUGUUUUUGGAUAGUCUCACCUCACCCCUAACAGCAAGCAGUACGUCUGUCACCACCACCAGCCCCCAUGAAAGCAGUACUCACGUUAGUUCAUCCAGCAGCAGGAGUGAGACAGGGGUCAUAACCAGCAGUGGAAGUAACAUUCCUGACAUCAUCUCAUUGGACUAAAGGAAGACUCACUCGAUUCUAGGAAUCAUUCAUCAAAACUGUUCUUUCUUGGAUCUCUGGUCCGUGGAAGCUAUUUUUUCGGUAACAAUUACUUUGAUAUUUAUUGAAACGUCAGAUGGAUUCUUUUGCUUUCUGAGAGAUAAACACAGAUGACUGCAGCAAGAACCAAAUGACAUGCAAGGAUUUUUCUUACUCAUGCUGUACUCUGAGCAUCAGAUACAUUUGACCAUAACUGUAUCUUCUCCAGAGACGGAUUUCAAUUUCAUAUGUUACUGGAUGGAUUCUGCACACAUCGGUUAAAUUUUUUUUUGUUGUAAUAAACAGCAAUAAAAUUAUGUAAAUAUUCAAGUAAACUUUUUUCUAACUAAAAAAGAUGUAAUCAAUGAUUCUAAAAUGACAGCAACUUUUGUUUAACCUGAUGUGAAGGAAAAAUACAUGGAAGGAAGUCAUGUUUGCUGAAUGAGUCCUUUCCACAGAGAUUUGUUCUGUUUCAUCGAAUAAUGAAGUCUUGCUAAGUGGCCAGAGCUUGGCUCCACUUUUCUUUUGCAGUUCCUCUUUUCUUCCUGAUUCCAUCAAAGAAAAAUGGCCUUUGUGUUACUUAUUUUUCCCUGGUUGUCAUUUACACUUUGAUGUUGUUUGCUAGCAGUUGCAAAGGGAAGUUCUGGGAUUUGGCUGCUCUUUAUCAGUGAUUAUGCUGAAGAACACUAUGCAGAUCCUGCCCUGACGUGUGUUAUUUUUGGUAAUUGUACAUUCUCAUUCUAGAGAUUUCUACAAAAUUGGGCUUGCCUUCUCGAAAAAGAAAUUCUGUGCAGCCAUUGAAUGUUGAAUGAAAUGUUUUUGGAGUAACCUGUGGCUAGAAUGUUCCUUAGAAUUUUGUUUACACUGACCAGCAACAUUGAGAGCUUUUUGAGGCAGUAUAGAAGAACAGAUUUUGGGGAGGUGGGAUUAACAAAGUUUAAUCUCUUCCUAGGAACUUCUUUUACUCAUUUAUUUUAUAGAAUAAUAUACAGAUCUUUGUUGAAACUUUUCACAUUUUAGUAACACUAACAAAGCAGAUACGAUUUAGAACUCUGGUCACAUCUGUCACCAGUACAGUCUCAGUGAUGAUUUUCAAACUUAAUUAGAAGACACAAACAACAGCAAGGCGUGGGGACUGCAUCGGAUUUCCUGUUCCUUUUUUUUUUUUUAAAACAAGGAAAUCUUUCCUGAUACCAUGAAGGACACACAGAGUUAAAAGUGUGUGAAUUUAAGGUGAGGACGGUUUGGGGAGGAUGGUGCUGCAGCCCGCUUUGAAAACCACUCACUCAGAGUGUUCUUGAUUUUAAAUCCCUCAAGAGGCCGAGUUUUACUCUUAGAGAAACAUUUCUAUCCACAUUUUAUAUUACCCUUUGCUUCAUUUGGCCCUCUAAAUUUUUGAGUUCUCAAGAAAUUCAUACUUUUCUAAUGUUUAUCUUUCUCCCCCUAACUGUAUCUACUUUAAAAAUAAAAAUCCCUUUUUAAAAAUGACUAAUCUGAUUUCUCAGACUUAAGUGCCCAGAUGAAGAGUACCGAUUUCAGUUAGAACAGGGACACAUGAUAUUACUUCAGGGUUGAUGUAACUCCAGGAAGCUGACUUGUCACUGCUUGGGUGGUUUUUGUUUUUAAACACCUCAAGUUUUCAUGGCCGCUGUGCUCCUUUUGUACUGAUUCAAUUUCAUGUGAUUUUCUGCAUCAUCCCUCCUUUGUCCACAUCAUCCCUUUAUGUAUUAUUCCUUUUGGAGAGCUGCUUAAUGAAAAACGUGGCAACAAACCAGAAUCUUCUUACAGUGGUUGCACCAUUGUUGCCGGUUUUACCUUCUUAGGCACUAGAUUUCCAGUCCAUGUUACAGGCCUUUGGUCCACAUAGAGAAUUUCUUCCUCGUAAAAUUUUAUGUUGCUGCUCUAAAUACAGAUGCAAUCUCUGUUAACUCUGUAAUCAGAUAGGAAACGGAACUCUGAUUUGUGUGGUAUAAUUUGUUAAUAAAUAAAUGAUGUAUAUUUGUUACCAUUUUGUUACCCUUUAGAUUUUCAGACUCCCCCCUCCCCAACGUAAUCAACAAAGUUUUAUAAGGUUAAAUGAAAAUAUAUUCAUAGAAAUUAUUUACUUGGUUCUUGUAACCGAUACCUCUGUGCUUUUAUAGUUGUGCUUUGUUUCCUUUUUACUAUUUUAUGUGAACAGUUUUAGUGUUCAUUUUUGGUGCUUUAUACUGAAAUUACAUAAAAUUUUAAUUUAUACAGGCGACUAACAUUUUUAAAAAUACACUUUUAAGUUUGUAAUCUUAAAAUUGGGGCUUUUAUGUAUAUAUCUUUGAAGGUGAGUACUUUUCUUUAUGCUUUUGCCUUACAACAGCAUGAUCAUUAAGUCAUUAUCCUUUUUUUUUUUUUUUUAAAGCAUGGUCACCAAAUACUUCUACCGAGACCCUGACUUUUUAAUAGUUUAUUUUGCUUGCCCAGAUUUCUGCUUAACCAAGUGUAAUGCAGUUUCAGAGGAGGUUGUCUUAGCUGUUACGUAGAUGUCAGCCAACUAGUGGUUAUGUGGAGUAUCUUGUUUAAGGAAAGGAACUGCAGACUGCAGCUACUAGUCUCCUCUUACAAACGCUGAGGUAACAGGUGGUUUUGAUCCUUAUUCACGUAGAAAUGUUAAGGCUUACCUUGAUUUGGUGACUCCUGAUGUUGUAAUUGGUGUUGAAUAUAGCUUCACAGCUAAACUCUGCUUACAUUCACUAACUUUCUGACCCUUAGGUGAGCCACUUUAGGAUUUUUGUAAUUUCCAUUUCUGCCCAGUAGAAGGUAAAUAAAUGCCUUUACCAGAAGGUAAAAAUACUUGGCAUCUGUCAUAGGGUAAUUAAUUAUAAGGGUAAAUGCAAUAUUAGCGUUAAAUUUAGUUUAUGUGGCAUUUAUCUUACAAUGUGCCCCAGGAAAGCUGGGAUGAAAAUGCUAUGAUUAGGGGAGGAUUGUAAGUAUAGUAAGUAAGUUGAGCCAUGACUCUUGACAUAAAACAAGUUUCCCUAGGGUAGAAUCUUAAAAGAGUUUGAAGAAAGAUUAAAAUGUUGGAUUUUAGGUGAAGUGGUAUUCAACAGAGACUAUUCAGGACUUGUUGACAUUAGACCUUUCAGGCGUUCUGCCUUCAGGCCAGUCCUGGACACUAGUCACUUAGUAACCCAAGUCUGUUUUUCUUAUGCUAAUAUUCAUUAGUUACAUUUUAUCUUUUUAAGUAAAUUUGAUUUUUAUAAAAUAGCAUUAGUUUAAUUCUCAUAUACGCCUUUUAUUUCUCUUUAGCCCUCAAUUGGUACAAAAGCAGUUCACUAUUUACUCUUUUCCCCCUUUUUUUUUUUUUAAGUAAACACUUGUUUUCCUAAUUUUUUUCAUUUUGAGAAAAUGCAGAGCUGUGCGUCAUUUAAACUUGGGUGUGAUGUGUUUUGUGGCCCCGGAUUCCACGUGCUGUGGGAGCUUAUUGUCAGUAAGAUCUGUGAUUGAUGAUUCAAUCUGAUUCACCCAUUUUUUCUGCUGCAGUUCUACAUGAAUAUGGUGAAACUUGUGGAAAACAAUUUAAGAAUUUCUCUUUUUUAAGAGCCUGAUGCUCCUGUCAAAUGAAUGACUUGGUUUGUAAGCCCCCCCUUUUUUUGUUAUUAGGAGCCACACUCCCAAUUCCUAGGAGAAACAAAUAAAGCUAUAUAAAAGUGCCCAUUCUUCUUUAAUGCUUGCCUGAUUCAAUAAUGUUUUUGUUUUUUCUAUUUAUGUCAGUAAUGCAUGCUCACUGUGGAAAAAUUAGACCAUACAGAAAAGUAUAAAAAAAAAGCACUUUGACAUUUUUGCAUAUUUCUUGCCAGUCUCUCUGCUACUCGUGAGUGUUUUUACAUAGUUUUAUUCAUUCUCAAUAUAAUUUGGGUCUUGGUUUUUUUCUCAGUCUACAUGUCAUUAAAAACUCAACUUUUAUUAA